AUGCAUUCCUUCAACAAUAUCACCGUGCGGUCUUUUUUUGAAUUGACGAAUGAUGGCUACUGGGCCGUUGCCAACCUAAACAUCUUGGCUCGACUCACCUAUCCCGACUACCAUACCCUGCAUGCCAAAUCCCGUCCGACCCUUAAUAUUAUGAAACUCCUUUCCCAUAGCUCUGCAAGCGUUGAUCACUGGGCAGAAGUAGGGAACGCCCAAUUCAAGCAUCUGCUACUCUCCAACAGAGACCGUGAACUCGUAAUACUGCUGACCACGUCGAAAUUCAACUCCGUCUACGAAUGGACUCACCAUCUUCCCGUAUCACUCAAGGCCGGUGUGACCAAAAAGCAACAGUCAGCUCUCGAGGCAUCCGCCAGGCAAAAAGAUUAUUUCGUUGACGCGAAAUGUGACGGCGAGGCGGGGUUCAGUGCGAAGGAUCUUACCCUGCUUGCCUUCAUGGAAACAAUCAUCCAAGGACCGGAGGUCAGCGAAGAGCUGUGGAGGCGUGUGAGGAGCGAAUUCUCGGACAGAGAGAUCGUGGAGAUUAUAUCUCUUCAGUGCGAUUUUGAUGAAUGGGCUAAGCCUAAGCUCUGAACUGGUUCUAGGCUAAUGACGUAAAUUGAUGAUGUCUCUUUUCUAUGUUAUAUCGCAGGGAUUGUGCUAGUGAAGGUCCAUGUCUAUUCCUGACAUCGGCAAUUCUGCUAGGAGAAAUGUAGACUAUCUAGGAC